CGAUGGGGAUGGGGCCAUUAUUCACAUGGCACCCCACAUUCACAACAUAUUAUAGCUAUCUGUCUCCAUUGUGAGAAAUGACAGGGACUUCAGUUCAGUGAGCUUGAAUAACCCCACCUCCCCUCCUCUCUCUCUCUCUCUUGUCUCUUUUGCUGGGUCUCUCCCUCCUGGACACCCAGGUGCUACUGAGAUGUGAUUCUCUGAAGUUUAUUUUACUCUGACAAAGGGAAAAGAAAACAGGCCUGUAUGGUGUCGGAAACACCGAGCUGGGAGAGAAACAGCUCUGUACACAAGAGUCUGGGCUCAGCAGGAAGUACCUCCUCAUCCACUUCCAGGUCCAAGUCAGACGUCAUGUGGGUCAGAUGUCUGCUCUUCAUCUCAGCCUUGAUUGCCCCCAUUGCCAUUGUGCAUGGCCGUGCUCCCAUUCCCAUGGCAGUGGUGCGCAGGGAGCUGUCCUGUGAGUCCUACCCCAUCGAACUGCGCUGCCCUGGCACGGAUGUCAUCAUGAUUGAAAGCGCCAACUACGGCCGCACCGAUGACAAGAUCUGUGACUCAGACCCGGCUCAAAUGGAGAACACGCGGUGCUACCUGCCCGAUGCGUACAAGAUCAUGUCCCUCAGAUGCAACAACCGUACCCAGUGUGCAGUGGUGGCAGGCCCUGAUGUUUUCCCUGAUCCCUGCCCAGGAACGUACAAAUACCUGGAAGUCCAGUAUGAGUGUGUUCCUUACAAAGUAGAACAAAAAGUAUUUCUGUGUCCUGGCAUUCUACGGGGAGUGUACCAAAGCGAGCAUCUAUUUGAGUCUGACCACCAGUCUGGUGCAUGGUGUAAAGACCCACUGCAAGCCUCUGAUAAGAUUUACUACAUGCCCUGGACACCAUACCGCACUGACACACUAACAGAGUAUUCGUCAAAAGAGGACUUCAUCGCAGGCCGUCCCACCACAACGUACAAACUGCCACAUCGAGUGGAUGGGACGGGCUUUGUCGUGUACGAUGGCGCGCUGUUCUUCAACAAAGAGCGUACCCGCAACAUUGUCAAGUUUGACCUGCGCACACGCAUCAAAAGUGGCGAGGCGAUUAUUGCCAAUGCCAACUAUCAUGACACUUCGCCGUACCGCUGGGGAGGCAAGUCAGAUAUCGACCUUGCCGUGGAUGAAAAUGGUCUGUGGGUGAUCUAUGCAACGGAGCAGAACAAUGGGCGCAUUGUGGUGAGCCAGCUCAACCCUUACACCCUACGCAUCGAAGGCUCCUGGGACACCAGCUAUGACAAGCGCUCCGCCUCCAACGCCUUCAUGAUCUGCGGCGUCUUGUACGUCGUCAAAACUGUCUAUGAAGACGAUGACAACGAAGGGACGGGGAACAAGAUUGACUACAUGUACAACACUGACAAGAGCAAGGAAAUGACAGUGAACAUACCGUUUCCUAACUCCUACCAGUAUAUAGCGGCAGUGGAUUACAACCCUAGAGACAACCUGCUGUAUGUGUGGAAUAAUUACCAUGUGGUCAAGUACUCACUGGACUUUGGCAACAAUGAUUACCGCCCACCUCCCAUGCUCCCACCAAACCGAGGAGGGUCAGGAGGCGGUUCACUGGGAGGAGGAGGUUCCUCCUCUUCUUCAACCAGCCGCGCCACCACAACCCGUUCUCCUCCCUACUAUACCACCCCGAGGCCCCUCCUCACCACCUCCCCUGGCCAGCGCUACAGGACGACCACCACAAUUCGCCAGCCCAUCCUGGUUCCUGCCGGAGGCUCAUCUUCUGACACUAAUCAGAUUCCCGACACCAAUCAGAAAGGGGGACGACUCCCACCUGUUCAAGUUCCCCCAGCGGCUCCGCAGCCUCCUGUCCUGCCCCCUGUAGACUUCUGCAGCCCGAGAGUGACAGCUGACAUAUCGUGGCCACGGACACAGCAAGGCCAGACAGCAAAGCAGCCUUGUCCUGUUGGCACACUGGGCGUGGCUACAUUUGUAUGCGUGGCCCAUGUGAGCUACUGGGAUCCCCAAGGCCCUGACCUCAGCAACUGCACGUCACCCUGGGUCAACCACAUCAUGCAGAAACUUCGGUCAGGCGAAACGGCAGCGAUUGUGGCCAGGGAGCUGGCAGAGCAGACCAAGGGCCUUCUGCGUCCUGGCGAUGUGCCAUCCACGGUGCGAGCCAUGGCCCAACUAGUGGAACUGUUGGACGUCCAGCUCAGGAACCUCACCCCUGGAGGCAAAGACAGCGCUGCCCGCAGCCUCACGAAGCUUCAGAAGAGAGAAAGGUCCUGCAGGUUUUUCACACAGGCGAUGGUGGAGACGGUAAACAACUUGUUGCAUCCAAGAGCUCGGGCAGCGUGGAAGGAGCUGCCCACCAGCGAGCAGCUGCACUCAGCCACUCUGCUGCUCGACACUGUAGAAACCGGAGCUUUUAUGUUGGCUGACAACCUCCUGAAGACCGACACCGUGCAGGAAACCACUGACUACAUCCAACUGGAAGUAGCCAGGUUGAGUACGGAUGGGAACCUUGCAGAUCUGACGUUCCCUCAGUCAGAACAACAUGGAAACUCCAUCCAGCUAUCAGCCAGCACUCUCAAGCAGCACGGCAAAAACGGUGAGAUCCGGAUGGCGUUUGUGCUAUACAGGAACUUGGAUUUGUACUUGCCAACAGAGAACGCCAGUGUCAGACUGAGCAGCGAGGCAGUGUACCCGAAUUACUCCGUUAUUGUCAACUCUCCGGUCAUCACGGCGUCAAUUAACAAGGAGAGCAAUAAGGUUUAUCUGUCGGAGCCUGUGGUCUUCACAGUCAAACACCUGCAGCAUUCAGAAAAGAAUUUCAAUCCCAACUGCUCCUUUUGGAGCUACUCCAAGCGCACCAUGACGGGAUUCUGGUCCACGCAGGACUGCCGACUGCUAGCCACCAACCGCACACACACCAGCUGCUCCUGCACCCACCUCACCAGCUUUGCAGUGCUCAUGGCUCAUAUGGAGGUCAAGAAAACUGGCAGCAUGCACGACAUGCUCCUGGACGUCAUCACGUGGGUGGGGAUCCUGUUGUCGCUGGUUUGCCUGCUGAUCUGCAUCUUCACCUUCUGCUUCUUCAGAGGGCUGCAGAGCGAUCGCAACACCAUCCACAAGAACCUCUGCAUCAGCCUGUUCAUCGCCGAGUCACUGUUUCUGGUUGGGAUCAACAAGGCUGACCAGCCGAUCGUUUGUGCGGUCUUCGCAGCCCUGCUCCAUUUCUUCUUCUUGGCAGCGUUCACCUGGAUGUUCUUGGAAGGGGUGCAGCUCUACAUCAUGCUGGUCGAGGUGUUCGAGAGUGAACACUCCAGGACUAAGUACUUCUACCUAGCGGGGUACGGCGUGCCAGCUGUCAUCGUGGCCGUCUCUGCCGCAGUGGACUACAGGAGCUAUGGCACCGAUCGAGUAUGCUGGCUGCGGCUGGAUACGUACUUCAUUUGGAGUUUCAUAGGGCCUGCUACUCUCAUCAUUAUGCUGAAUGUAAUCUUCCUCGGCAUCGCCCUUUACAAGAUGUUCCAUCAUACAGCCAUCCUCAAACCUGACUCUGGGUGUCUGGACAACAUCAAGUCUUGGGUGAUUGGUGCCAUUGCUCUGCUGUGUCUGCUAGGUCUAACCUGGGCGUUCGGCCUCAUGUACAUCAACGAGAGCACUGUCAUCAUGGCCUACCUUUUCACCAUCUUCAACUCUCUGCAGGGCAUGUUCAUCUUUAUCUUCCACUGCAUCCUCCAGAAAAAGGUGCGCAAAGAGUAUGGCAAGUGUCUGCGCACUCACUGCUGCAGCGGCAAAAGCGUGGAGACUUCCAUCUCCUCCUCGAGUAAGACCACCACCUCUCGGACCCCGGGCCGCUACUCCACAGGCUCACAGGUGAGCUUACCUGCCUGCACACCAGGACGCUACAGCACAGCAGACUCUCAGAGCCGCAUCAGACGGAUGUGGAACGACACCGUGAGGAAACAGGAGUCCUCCUUCAUCACUGGAGACAUCAACAGCUCUGCCACGCUCAACAGAGGAGCCAUGGCUAAUCAUCUUAUAACUAAUGCUCUCCUUCGUCCCCAUGGUACUAACAAUCCUUAUAACACUCUCCUGGGGGACUCUGCAGUCUAUAACAACCCAGCCGUGGGCAUGUACAACACCCAAGCACCCUACCGAGACACAAAGGGCAUCCUGAACAACGCCAGAGACUCGAGUGUUAUGGACACGCUUCCUCUUAACGGCAACCAUGCGAAUAACUUCAGCAUGGCCAGCAGCGAGUACCUGAGCGACUGCGUUCAGAUCUUGGAUCGAAGCGGCGGUUACGGCACCCACAGCAACCACAAGGAGACGACCCUGGAGAAGAAGAUCCUCAAGGAGCUGACGUCCAACUACAUCCCACCUUACCUGAACAACCACGAGAGAGCCACCACUGAGCGCAGUCACAACCUGAUGAACAAACUGGUCAACAGCAGUAUGGCCAAUGGAGGGAGCCUGGCUGGGGGCAGCAGCAGCAGCAGUGCAAUCGGUGGCUGUGUGGGCAGCGGUAAAGAGGACAACAAUCCCAUGGUGCUGGACAACCCUGCGGCCUUCCCCCACGAAGAGAACCUCGGUUUGGAGAUCAUCCGAGAGGAGUCCAAUGCGCCUCUCCUUCCGCCGAGGCCUCCGCCGCCGGACAGCCACCCCCCACCGCCGCCACCUCCUCAUAGCUUCUCCAGGCAGCGGCGCAUCGCACAGGAGCCCAGCGAGAGCUUCUUCCCCCUGCUGACCAACGAACACACCGACGAGCACACGCACUCGCCAAACCACAGAGACUCGCUCUACACGAGCAUGCCGGUGCUGACGGACCUCCCCGACGGGCAAAUGAACGGAUUAACAGAUGGCGAGGAAGAAAGCUCCGGGGAGCUCCAGCCCUGCAAGAGUGCCACCGCUCCCGAGCUGGAUGAUGUCUAUUAUAAGAGCAUGCCAAACCUGGGCUCCAGGAAUCACCUCCACGAGCUGCAGAACUACUACCACAUGGGUCGAGGGGGCAGUGACGGAUAUAUGGUGUCUGGGAGCAAAGAAGAGUCUGACUCGUCACCUGAGGAACCCCCAGUGGACCCUUCUCACCUGGUUACCAGUCUAUAGAGCCAACUAAGACCUCUGCCCCUCCUGAACCCAUUUUCACACUUUUAAAGUCCCAAUGAAGACAUUGUGUGUUGUUGACUGACAGACGGAGCUGGCCCAUCCCUGGAUUGAUACACUGUGUGACAUGAACAAUAAUUUGUGACAAUAGAACUGAGAUAUCACUGGUCAAAUAUGAGGAAGGAGAGAAUGUAUUGUCAUAACUGGUGCAGACCGAAAAGACAUUUGUGAGCAUCAAACAGGAAAAUCCAACUUGAAACAGGGAGGGAUUCUGUAAUUCUAACAUAAUUGUUAUUUUGUUUGGAAUCUUGGACUGAUUGUAGCCCUGCAAGAUCCUCAAUACAGACUCCUAGCAUUUCCUAGAGGAUAGUCUCUAAUCCUGCCUCUACAUGAGGAGGGCCUCGGGCCCUGGCUAAUAGAGCUGUGUCUCUCUGUAUGUCUGUCUCACUGUCAAACUCUAAGACUUGGAUGAUAGUUUCACCUCCAAAAGUUAGAGCAGAAUCUUCGACUUUGGUGUUCAGAAUAUAAACUUUCUUCCACAGAGACGCCGCAGACCUGCCAAUCAAGUGAAGGAUGUAUUAUAUAUAUGCCCUCACUAACAAUCAUCCAGUGAAAUCCAUAUCAUUCAGGCAGUUGAACUUGACCCAUACCAUGCCAAUGUUCUGAACUCUUUUCCUGUUUGUAUCUGCUAAACUGGAGUUGUGACUGGGCUGGUGUAACAUUCCUGCGAGUUGUAGUGACUACGGUUACUGUGUACUUCACCGAAAACAAAGACAAAAGCUCAUAUUACAACUGACUGUACUUUAAAGGAAGAAAAAAAAAGACAGGGUUUGGUUUAUUCUCCUUUCUUCUGUAAAAGUUUUCAGUCAUCAAAGAAUUAUGAGAAAUCACAAACUGUUUAUGUAUUGUACAGAAUACAGAUACAAAUGUUGCAUAUGA